AGUAAUACUUCUUGAUUCCAAAGGACUGGGGAAACUGCUCCUGUUUCUCUGUUGAAGUAGUGAGGUAGGUGGGACGCACUUAUGAGAAACUGGUGUGAGGUCACAUAGACUUAAUGUGAAUUAAUGAAAGGAAACUUUUUUCCUCCCUUUGAACUUAUAAAGUCAUUGUGCUUCCUCUUGAGGAUCACCUGUUCACAAUGGCCUUUGAGGAGCUCCUGGAUAAAGCUGGUGGCCUGGGAAAAUUCCAGAUCCUUCAGAUGGUUUUCGUUCUUCCCUCUGUGAUAUUUGGAGUCUGUCAGAUGCUGUUGGAGAAUUUCACUGCAGCCAUUCCUGGUCAUCGCUGCUGGGUCCACAUCUUGGAUAAUGACACUGUCUCUGAUAAUGACACUGGGAUACUUAGCCGUGAUGACCUACUGAAAAUCUCCAUCCCAUUGGAUUCAAACUUGAAACCAGAAAAAUGUCAUCGCUUCCUCCUCCCCCAGUGGCAGCUCCUUCACCUGAACGGGACCUUCCCCAACAUGACUGACCUGGACACGGAGCCCUGUGUAGAUGGCUGGGUGUAUGAUCAAAGCUCCUUCUCCUCCACCAUCAUUACUGAGUGGGACCUAGUAUGUGAUUAUCAGUCACAGAAACCAGUGGUUCAGUUCCUAUUCAUGGUUGGAAUGCUGGUGGGAGGCCUCAUAUAUGGCCAUCUCUCAGACAGGUUUGGGAGAAGGUUGAUUCUCAGAUGGUGUUUGCUCCAGCUCGCCAUCUCUGGGACCUGUACGGCCUUUGCUCCCACCUUCCUCAUUUACUGCUCACUACGCUUCUGGUCAGGUUGUUCUGUGGUGGUCAUCAUGUUAAUUAACGGUGUACUCAUUGUGGAGUGGACAAGAUCCCAGUCAAAAGCCAUGGUAAUAACACUGCUAACCUCUGCCAGUAGUGUUGGACAGAUAAUCCUGGGAGGACUGGCUUUUGUUUUGCGAGAGUGGCGCACCCUGCAGCUGGUGGCGUCUAUACCUUUCUUUGUCUUCUUUAUUUCCUCAUGGUGGCUGGCGGAAUCUGCUCGGUGGCUGAUUGUCAUUAAUAAGCCAGAUAAGGGCUUAAAGGAACUUAAAAAAGUUGCACAAAGAAAUGGAAUAAAGAAUGCUGAAGAAACUCUGAACAUGGAGGGUUUGAGAUCUGCCAUGCAGGAGGAGCUGGAGGCAGCACAGACCAAAACUACGAUGUUUGACUUGUUCCGCACACCCAAUCUACGUAAGAGGAUCUGUCUCUUGCUCUUUGUGAGAUUUGCAAACACAGUACCCUUCUAUGGCAUCUCUCUCAAUCUACAGCACUUUGGGAGCAAUAUUUUCUUGUUCCAGGUAAUCUUUGGAGCUCUCACAACUUUAGUCCGAAGCCUUGUACCUUUAGUACUGAAAUAUAUGGGCUGUCGACCAACCCAGACACUUUUCUUGUUCCUGGUGGGACUUUCCAUUUUGGUCAACAUUUUUGUGUCACAAGAAAUGCAGACCCUGCGUGUGACUUUGGCAAGUGUUGGAAUCAGCUUUGCUGCUGCCUCUAUCACCACUUACUCUGUCCAAAAUGUUGAGCUCAUCCCCACUCUCCUCAGGGCAAAAGCUACAGGAUUAGAUACGGUGGCUAGUAAGUGUGCAUCAGCACUGGCUCCCUUCUUGAUGACUCUAGAGAUAUAUCUACCCACCUUGCCCUGGAUCAUCUAUGGAGUCUGUCCAAUCACUGCUGGUCUUGCUGUGCUUUUCCUACCUGAGACCAGAAAUCUGCCCCUGCCUGACACCAUUCAGGAUGUGGAAAAUAACAAAAAAAUCUCAAGAAAAGUAAAUGAAAAAGAUUCCUACAUGAAAGAGACAAAAUUUUAAGGCGUUUCAUGGUCUCACUGGUGAGGAAGAGAAACUAUGAAGGAAAGAAACCCCAGGCGUUUUUCUUUAUAUCUACAAACUAGCAAGAAAAUAUACUAGCAAAGUGAAUCUAAUGAAUUUCACUUAUAAAUAUGGCAUUAAUUUCCAAUUAAAAAUAUAAUUUGUGGGAACAUUUGAUUCCAUUGAAAAUCUAAUAUUUGGGGGAAGUACUUGAAAAAGUUUCAAAUUUGUCAAUAAAUUAUUGAUAGACAAGAUAAUUCAGAAACAGAGGAGCACCUUUCAAUUAGGAUGUGACUGGUUGAUGUAUGGAGCAGCAUAUGGUGAACUCUAUCUUAAAUG